CGCCGCUCCAGCAAGUCUCGGUGAAUGCAAUUCUCGCUACUUUCGCAAAACCCGACAACCCCUCCCCUUCCGAAGCCGAUUCCAAUAUCAAGGAACAGGAUGGAGAAAGAGGAAAAAAAGACGGCAUUUCAACAGCGUGCAGAGUGGAGACGGACCAAAUGAUCAAUGCGCAUAUGUAUUUCGAACCCCUGACGUCAGGGAACCUAUCCUGCCCCCACACCGUGAGAUGCCGAAAAGCAACAUCGCUGCGGGACAGAGCAGUAGACUGACACGCCAAGGAUUCCUGAACACCACAUGGAUCAGGCCUGUAGUGCGACUCUAUGCUGAGAUGUGUCCCACUACCAGCCGGCGCCUGCAGACCAACCGCCGCCAGCGUCGGGAGACUCUUCUGGUUGCUGCUGAUGGCCCGAAUUAACGGGAUUGUCGUCGCGACUGGUUGCCCAACCAUCAUUGCCGCCAGCAGGGGCGCCCGGGAAGUCGCCAGUGGGAUCCUGGGCAGUGUUCUCUUCUGGAGCCUGAGGGCAACGUCUGAUGGUGUGGCCCACUAGGUACGUUGUAUCAGCAUCUAAUGGUUGAUAGGAAAACAACAAACCCACACAGUGGAUUGAACUUACUCUCGCCGCAAUUGUUGCACUUGACCUUGGACCAAUCCUUCUUUUUAGUGCAAUCACGGCUGAAGUGGCCGACUAUCAAUUGAAAACAGUGUGUUAGCUCCACUGUUGAUUCUUUCCAGGAGUCCAGGGCAGUCAGUGGCUAGGAGCUACUAGCCUUCCCUCCUUACCUUCAUCGCAGUUACGAUAUACUGCUUGCUCUUCCUAUAACCAAGAGCUGUGUUUACUUACCCGCAGUUACGACAGGUCCGAGGUGCGCUGGCCUUAGGACAAUCUUUGGCAAAGUGACCGG